AUGUUCUGGCCCUUCCGCCGUUCGGCGCGUGCCAAACCGAAGCGCCCACGGACUGCGUGGGGCCGCUGGGGCCGAUGGGCAGUGGUGAUUGGCUUGAGCGCUUACUUGCUGAGUGGCGCCUUUGACUGCUUAGAUGUGAAGGAGCCCCUCACAGGCGCCUCCUUUCCCACACGGAUUGGGAAGCAAGACCUGGUGGCUACAGGUGUGCGACGGAAGUGGGGCCUCAAAGUCUACGCCGUGGCAUUCUAUUUGGAGGGCUCCAGCCGGCUCUGGAGCGAGCCACCCCCCAGCGCGAAGCGCCUCAUGAGCGACGCGCCGGGGCACUGCUCGCUGAGGAUGGUGAUUACCUCAUCCUUGGUGACCAAGCACAAGCUCACGGAGGGCUUGAAGGAAUCCUUGAAGCCUCGCCUCCUUCAGCGUGCUGCUUCGGCUGAGGCGGAUGAGGCACUCGAGGCCUUUGCCACGGCCCUGACGGACGGGCCCUCCCUGAAGCGUGGCACGCAGCUGCUCUUCACGCUGAAGCCGGUGAGCUGGCAUGCUUGGGAGAUCUUAGGAGAAUGGUGA